GUUCAUGCUGGCUCUCUCAUUCGAAAUGCUAUUGAAAAAAAAACUACUAUUGGAAUUCAAGCACAGGCCUAUUUGGACCGUGGUCAUCUUGUUCCAGAUGAUAUUAUCAUUUCCUUGGUUUUAUCACGCUUACAGAAUGAAUCAGAUGUCAUUGAACGUGGGUAUGUGUUGGAAGGUUAUCCUCGUACACGCGAACAGGCUUCAUACAAUCUAAAAAAGACAUGCUCCUCAUGUUUCAUGCUUUUAGUCGUUUUUGAUAUUCCAGAUGAAAUGGUCAUCAAUCGAGUGACGGGCUUACGUCAUGACCCUAUUACUGGAAAAACAUACCACAUCAAAUAUGAUCCACCACCUAAAAAUGCUCUUAUUGAAGACCGUCUAACCAGGCGACAGUCCGAUACCGAGACUGCUACUCAGGCUCGUUUGAAUCUUUAUCGUCAACACAUUCAUGGCGUACUCGCCUAUUUUAAA